AUGAACCAUAAAAUUGAACUGCAAAAGUUGCAUUCAGAUGACGAAUUAUUUUACAGAAUCAAAAUCUUUGUCAAUGACCUUUUAACUUUUAGCGAUUCGGAAGAUGCCAGAUUUCGUUUGGAAAAGGAUCCCAUGGCUAAAUUUUUCUUCUCAAAUGAAUAUUUUAGCGGAAAAGAUAUUAAUUAUCUCCUUGAUUUUCCAACCGCCUCGGGACUUUCUGUUUCCGAACUUCUUAGUGUAGAAUUAUCAAAUAAGCACAAAGUAUGUUCAUCUCAUGAACUGGCGCCUCUUUUACAAGAGAUUUUUGGAAUACAACAAAGUUUCCAAAAAGAAAAAGAUUAA